GUGUGUCUGUGUGUGUGUGUGUGUCUCUUUAGUACAGAACCACAGACAGAUUAUCAGAUCCACCUUCAGACUGAACUAACAACAUCUUCUGAGUGAGUUCAUCUACAGGAGAGAGGAGGAAACUACAACACUGCAGAAGCUCAACACAAUGAAGCGUCACUUGGAGGAUACAAUAGUUUUCAGGUUAGAGGAGGAUCUCUGCUGUCCGGUGUGUCAAGAUGUCUUCAGAGAGCCUGUUAUCCUGUCAUGUAGCCACAGCUUCUGUAAAGACUGUCUGCAGAGCUGGUGGACAGAGAGAAAAACACGUGAAUGUCCAGUUUGUAGGAAAAGAUCUUCAAAGGACCUUCCUGCUGUAAACCUGGCGUUAAAGAACCUGUGUGAGACCUUCUUACAGGACAGAGAUCAGAGAGCUUCAGAGGAUCUCUGCAGUCGGCACUCUGAGAAACUCAAACUCUUCUGUCUGGACCAUCAGCAGCCGGUGUGUCUCGUCUGCAGAGACUCAGAACAACACACCAACCACACAAUCAGACCCAUCAAUGAAGUUGCACGACAACACAAGAAGGAACUUCAGGAAACUCUGGAGCCUUUAAAGAAGAAGUUAAAGGUUUUGGAAGAAGUUAAAGUGAAGUUUGAUCAGACAGCAGAACACAUGAAGGUCCAGGCCCGACACACAAAGAGGCAGAUUAAGGAUCAGUUUAAGAAGCUGCACCAGUUUCUAGCAGAGGAAGAGGAGGCCAGGAUGGCUGCACUGAGGGAGGAAGAGGAGCAGAAGAGUCAGAUGAUGAAGGAGAAGAUGGAGGCUCUGAGCAGAGAGAUAGCAGCUCUUUCACACACAGUCAGAGCCACAGAGGAGCAGCUGAGAGCUGAAGACGUCUCAUUCCUGCACAACUACAAGGCUGCAGUGGAAAGAGUCCAGCAGCGCCCCCUGCUGGAGGAUCCACAGCUGCCCUCAGGAGCUCUGAUAGACCAGGCCAAACACCUGGGCAACCUGAGCUUCAACAUCUGGAACAAGAUGAAGGACAUGGUCUCCUACACUCCUGUGGUUCUGGACCCAAACACUGCUCAUCCAGACCUGAUCCUGUCUGAAGAUCUGAGCAGUGUGAGACGAGGAGAGAGACAGAAGCUUCCUGAUAAUCCAGAGAGGUUUGAUAUCUUCUGGUCUGUCCUGGGAUCUGAGGGCUUUAACUCAGGGACUCACAGCUGGGACGUCGAGGUUGGAGACAGUACAUUCUGGUCACUGGGUGUGUUAGCAGAGUCUGUCCAGAGGAAGGGAAGCAUACUGUCUGGAUUAUGGAGAAUAAAGUUUUACAAAGGUAAAUACUCAGUGCGGUCACUACCAGCUCCAUCUGCUGAUCUCGUUGUGCAGAAGAAGCUCCAGAGGAUCAGAGUGAAUCUGGACUGGACCAGAGGAGAGCUGUCGUUCUCUGAUCCUGACAAUAACACACACCUACACACCUUCACACACACUUUCACUGAGAGGAUGUUUCCAUUCAUUUGGCCAAUGGAUAACCUGAAGAUUUUACCCCUGAAGGUGUGUGUGACACUGGGACAGAGCAGUUAAAGCAGAGAAAACAGAGUUACAUGGCUGUGGUGUUCACUUCUACUCAAAGGUAGGAAGACUACAACACCAAGUGCACCGCGCUGCAUUAGAUUGGACGGGGCUUGACUUUGGCUCAGAGAAAGAUCUGAAAGAGGAGACAGUGAGGCGGCCGGAUGGUGACUGUAACAUACUGCAACUUCAAGAAGUGCCACCAACGGUGCCAUAUGUGGGUCAUCUGAUAACUGCUGAUGGGCUCAAGCCAGACCCAGCUAAAAUCAACGCAGUGCAGCACAUGUUGCAACCAAAUGACAAAAAUGGUGUUUGCCGUUUUCUGGGCUUCGUUACCUACCUCUCAAAGUUCAUACCGAACCUCAGUGAAGUGGACGCUCCUCUACAUCAACUUCUAGAGUGAUGUGGAGUUUGCGUGGAAACCACUCUCUAUUGUUCAUGCCUGUGCAGAGUUAUACAACUACAUAUUUGGCACACAUGUCCCAGUGUUCAAUGACCACAAACCUCUCGAAGACAUCUUCAAAAAGAAAUCACUGCUGUCCACUCCAAUGCUCAUCCAGAGAAUGUGUUUUCGCCUGCAGCGGUACGACCUGACAGUUGAGUACAGGAGAGGAAAAGACACGGAGUUGCACAGCUUUCAGAGUGCACGCCAGAGAUCGACGGACCAGAAUGUGUCUCCAUGCUCAGCUUUCUCUCAGUCAGCAACCAAAUGUAGCCCCCAUAAAUUUAACAUAAUAGUAUGAUGAUUUGAAGUGUUGUGAUUUUGCAUGCAGUAGCGCAUGAACUUCCACAAGGUGGCGCAGAGUGCUCACCAAUGGGUCUAAAAACCAGCGGGAGAAAUGAGGAAGAAGCAGGAAGUUGAAAAACAAGCGGCUUUUCUGAACAGCCAGGGUGAACAUUAAUAUACUGAUUAAGUUCGAAAUUAUUGUUGUUUGAGAGGUCAAAGUUGUCCGGGAUGAUGUUGUGUCGCCAGAGGAUUAAGGAGGACGACUAACUAAUGUGUCUUGAUGAAUAUUCUCCAGUGAGUGUGUUGUGUUGUCAGUGUUAGCUUAACUUUGUUAGCUUGAGCUCAUUUCACAAACCUGAGUGAUGAAAAAAAACAAUCGCAGGAAUGUGAGGUGUCUGGAAAAAAUGCUUAUCACUGUUGAUUUUACGAUGUAUGAGAUACUGCUAGUAGAAAUGAAAACCUUUCAAGUUUUAUUUUCUUAAAAGUGUGUGUAUUUGUGUUGUAACUGUGUGAGUAAGAAAAGAUAAAGAGAUAUCAAAACGAGCUGCUAAGAUCUACUGAUGCUGUAUAGUUUAAAGAAUCAAUAUGGACUUUAACUCAGGUUAAACUGUACAAUAUGCAGGUUGUUUUAUUUUAUGGUUGACUUCUGACGGCGACUCGCAGAGGUUUCGCUACUGCAGCUUCAACUGGAUUCCAGAUCAGAUUUGACAGAACAUUAAAUAAAGGGGCCCCAACAUAACUGAACUGAGACUGAACUAACUACCAAGGAGACAAAGAGAUUACAAACGUUUGACUGAACUAAGUUGAACUUGAAAAAAGACGUUCUCUUUUAUGAGGAGGAUCCCACUUUACAGUGGAAGUGAUUUUGUUUUUGGUUAUUCUACAGUAAUUUGGCCAAUUGAGGCAUUUUGGUUAAUGGUUUUAUUGUGAACUUAGGGAGCUCUGAGUUAACAGAGGUACAUUUGAUUUCAUCCGAACUUGGUUCAAUACAUUUUGUUUUUUCAUUUUGUCAAAGCAUAACAUAGAGGUGGAUCAGCACUUAUUGAGGGAGGUGUUACUAUUUUUUUUUGGGGGGGGGAAUAAAUGCAUCCUAAUAUUUAAAUGAUACACUUGUGUUUUGCUUAUUAAUCCUCCAACUAGAAUUUAGAUUUUAGAUAUUGAUGUCAUACUAUUCCUCAAACCUCAUUAGGAGCUGAACCAACUGUCAGAAUUCUGACACAGAUAAACAGAACAAUUAAUUUCGACAUAACAAUUUUUUUUCAGUCGUUAAGCUUCACCUGCUCCUCCUGGCGUCUCACCAUUCACAAAACACGCAUGUUCAUUUUUUAUGUUUUGUUUUUGGUUUGUUUGACAGUUUGUUUUGUGUUUCCGUCGUCAAACUUUUCAUGACUAAAAUGAUUUCUUAGUAUCUGAUCUCAGUGUGUGUGUGUGUGUGUGCGUGUUAUUAUCAUGUAUAUCGUGAUGUUUUAAUCAUCAAAACUUUCAAAACGUAAAAAAGUAAAAAAUAAAAAUAAUGCAGUCAACUCAAAUGAUUCUUGUGUGGACAAAAAUACAAAAAAGAAUCUAAUAUAUA